AUGUCUCCUGGAGCAUUUAGUUAUAUAUUUGGUUCAAGUUUGAGUACAGUUUUCAAACGAUUUGGAAUAACGUUAUUAAAAACCGUAUUGAUCUAUUCAACAACAUUAUUGUUUAUUCAAUUGCCCACACUUUGGAAUUUAAUAAUGACGUUAGGAAAAGAUGAGGACCGUUCUAGACGUCAAAAACGAACACGUGCAAAACUAAUUAAUCCUUAUGAUCCUUCCUCACCGUAUCGUGCUGUUGACGUUCUUGAUGAACUUCGAACUACACCAGAUGAUAAUGUCAAAACAUUAGCUGAUAUACCAGAUUAUUGCAUUCAACAUUAUGCGGAUAAAGAUACAUUAGGUGUUCGAGAAAUUCUUGAUGUUCAAGAUGAGAAACAAUCAAACGGAAAAAUAUUCAAAAAGUUUGUACUGGGUGAAUAUAAAUUCACAACGUAUCGUGAAACAUAUAAUCGUAUUUUGGCUAUCGGUCGAGGUUUAUUAUCAAUCGGGGCUAAGCCAACUGAUAAGAUUUUAAUUUUUUCUGAAACACGUUCUGAAUGGUUAUUAACUGCAUUUGCGGCUUUUCGUCAUGGUAUAACUGUUGUAACACUUUAUUCAACUUUAGGCGAAGAAGCUGUUAAACAUGGUAUUAAUGAGUCACAAGUAUCCAUUAUUUUUACUUCACAUGAAUUAUUAACAAAGCUCGACAAAAUAUUAGAUCAUACAGAAAAAGUUCGUCAUGUCAUUUAUUUUCCUUCGUUUGUAAAAUCACAAGCAACGAAAUCACCUGAUGAUAAACAUAACGUUGAAUAUAUUCCGUUACAUGAAUUAGAACAACAAGGAAAAAAUGCAACAAUUGCUACAAAUAUUUUACACGUACGACCUAAUAAAACAGACACUGCUGUUAUUAUGUAUACUAGUGGUAGUACUGGAACACCGAAAGGUGUAUUGAUAAAACAUGAAAACAUAAUUGCUGCAAUGACGGGUCAACAAGAACGUAUUUUCUCAAUGAUAAAUUCUGAUACUGAUAUUUAUAUUGCGUAUUUGCCUCUAGCUCAUAUUCUUGAGCUUUGUUGCGAAAUUCUUAUUUAUUUUAUGGGUAUUAAGUGUGGUUACUCAUCUCCACAAACCUUAACUGAUCAAUCAACAGCCAUAAAACAAGGUCAAAAAGGAGAUUUGCAAGUUCUUCGACCACAUAUUAUGUGUUGUGUACCAACAAUUCUCGAUCGUAUUCACAAAACUGUAAACGAAAAGAUUAAUCAAUCAAAUUUUUUUCGCCGUCAAUUAUUUCAGUUAGCGUAUAAAAUAAAAGUGAAACGCUUAGAAGAAGGUCUCGAUAGUCCAUAUUUAAAUAAAUUAAUUUUUACCCGUUUAAAUGAAAUGGUAUUGGGCGGUCGAGUAAAAACAAUGAUGUCUGGUGGCGCUGUUUUAAGUGGAGAAACUCAACGUUUUGUUCAAGCAGCACUAUGUGUUACACUUUUUCAAGGUUAUGGUCUGACAGAAACGUGUGCUGCAGCUACUAUUGCAGAUCAAUUUGAUACAAGUGUUGGUCGAGCUGGAUAUCCUCUUGUUUCAUGUGAAAUUCGUUUAGUUGAUUGGGAAGAAGGACACUAUCACAAUACAGAUUCACCAAAUCCUAGAGGUGAAGUCCUUAUCGGAGGAAAAGCUGUAGCUCAUGGUUAUUUUGCUGGUGCAUCAAAAGAAAAUAUUAAUUUUAAAGAAAUCAAUGGUACAAGAUACUUUUGUACUGGUGAUAUUGGAGAAAUAUUUCCUGAUGGAACGCUAAAAAUUAUAGAUCGAAAAAAAGAUUUGGUAAAGUUACGCGGUGGUGAAUAUGUUUCUUUAACUAAAGUCGAGAUGGCAAUAAGUAAAUUUUCUAUUGUUGAAAAUUGUUGUUUAUGUGCAUCAUCAUCAGCUGAAUAUACAGUUAUUUUAAUAUGUCCGAAUCCGAAACAAAUAACUAUUUAUUCAGAAAAGAAUUUUGGUGAAAAAGAAUGGCAAAAACUAGUUGAUGAUGAUGAAUUUAAUGACCAAAUUCUUCGCGAUGUUCAAGAUGCAUGUAAGAAAGGUGCCAUUGAAAGAUUUGAAACUCCUCAACGAGUUAAAUUAGUAACUGAAGCUUGGACACCUGAAACUGGCCUGGUUACUGACGCACUUAAAUUAAAACGGAAAGCGAUUGAACAAAAAUAUCAAGAUGUUAUUGCAGAUCUUUAUGUUGAUAAGCCAAAAAAAGAGAAAUCAAAACGAAUAAAUAGGUCUCGUGUUGUACCAGAACAAUAA